CUGUCAUUCGACAUCCAAAGUUUACAAAAACCAACUCUUCUCUCUCUCUCUCUCUCCUCUUUCUCUCUCUUAAACUCUUGCAGGCUUUUAGCUGUCGGAGGAGGGGAGGUGAGGAAAGGAAGGCUGAGAGGUUGUCAGAGUCAGGGGGAGAGAGAAAGAAAGAGAGGCAUAGAGAGAGAAAGAACCCUUAUUUCCCUCUUUCCAAAUAAUCUCUUAUUAUUAAUCAAUCUUCAUUUCUUCAAACCCUCCAAUACGAAAUACCCCUUUUGUUUCAGAAACCAAAAUCAUCAAACGGAGCAACUGAAAUUGUGUCUCUCUCCCUCUUUUCCUCUCAAUGGUGGCUGUGCUCUAGGAGAGGAAUGGAGGGAGAUGCAACGAAAGAAGAGGUGGAAGAAAGAGACCCGUUUCCCCAUUUGGUCUUUUUCAACGAUCUAAGGUAAGAGGAUCAAGCGAGGCUACCCUUGAUAUAUAUUCAGGCCAGGCCAGGCCAGGCCAGGGCGCCAUGGCUUACCAACAAUACAGGUCCCCUUUUGGAGACACAACCUAUACGAAGGUGUUCGUUGGGGGUUUAGCUUGGGAGACUCAAACUGAUGAAAUGAGAAGAUAUUUUGAACAGUUUGGAGAUAUUCUUGAAGCCGUCAUCAUCUCUGAUAAGAACACUGGAAGGUCUAAAGGUUAUGGAUUCGUGACGUUUCGUGAUCCAGAAUCAGCAAAAAGGGCUUGUAGUGAUCCAAAUCCGGUGAUCGAUGGGAGGAGGGCUAACUGUAAUAUUGCUUCAUUGGGUCGUCCUAGAACAUCACCACCUCGAGGGAGAAAUCAAGGUGGUGGUGGUGGUAUCCCUUCCUACCGUGGGGUCGUACCAAUGGGUAGUGCAACAUCAUCGUAUAAUAGAGGAGUUGCAGGACCACUGUUGCCUCCCUCUCCUUCUCCUCCUCCACCUCCAUUACCUCUUCCUCAGGUUGUUUAUCCUCCUUACGGGUACACCACCUAUACACCAGAUUAUGGAUACACCCAAACGGUGUAUAGCCCACAUCUGCAAGCUCAGUAUUACCAUCAAAUGUACGGAGCAGGGACGUCGACAUCCAGCACGGGGAUGACAGGGAUGACUGGAAUGGGAAUGGCGAUGGGAGGAGGGGCCUCCUCUUAUUAUUAUGGCUUUGCUUUGCCAUCACCACCGCCACCAGCAACAGCUACACCACCCAGGCUCACUUUUUCAGCUCAUCGUCAGCCCCAGUGUAUAGUUGGACCCUCCUACUUUCCUCUUCCCACCACCACCACCACCACCGCCACCGCCACUACACAUGGGGAGGGGUCCUUCUCCACCUUUUCUCCACCAGGCCCCACCACCUCUAUGCCUUCUCUUCCCUCAACUACUACUAUUAUCUCAGAUUCAAGGACAACCCAAGAACAAAGCUCGGCAACAACUGGAACUGGAGUGGUCAGUUCAGAGGUUGAGGAAGAGCGAGAGCAAGGUUGAUGAUGAAGAGAAGGGAUCUAUGGCUUGGUGGCAAGGUUCAGAUACUAUAUAAACCUUGAUCAAGGUUUUAACUUCGAUUAUUUCUCUUCUACAGUUGGAGACAUUUUUUUCUCCAGUGCCCAAUCUAGUGGAAAGCUACAGCCAUGGCUAAUGACCACUGGAGCAAGUGAUUUUGAGUUAUACUUAUUGCUUCUAAGAACUGUAGCAACCAGAGAUGAGCACUAGUCAAUCUCAAAAACUCCACUAAGCUGUUUUUCCAUUUUCAUUUUUCACUUACUACUUCUUUUCUUUGGGUUGAUUUGUUAUUUAACUAUCAGCCCUGAACUGAGACCCCUCAAUAAUGGAUAGUUUUUGCAUGAACUGGUCUAUACUUUGACAUCAAUUUGAGGAACUUAAGUUCUGUAAUAACUUAGUUCAAGAUCCAUUGGAUUGGAAUCUUCUAUUCUUAUCAAGUAAAUGAAAUAGUAUAUAAGGAUCUACAAUCUUUUCAGCA